AUGUGCACCACCCUCUUCCUCCUCAGCACCUUGGCCAUGCUCUGGCGUCGCAAAUUCGCCAACCGGGUCCAACCAGAGCCCAGCGGCGUGGACGGUGCAGCGGUGGGCAGUGGCUUGGACCCAGACCACCAGCGCUCAGACAGAUUGGUAGCUCCGCCCCCUCCGCUGGACCAGCGCUGCUCUCUUCGCUUGUCCCGGCGCCUGAGCGCUCGCAGGGGAAGGGGCGGUGAAGAGGGAGCCGAGGCAGCCGCCGCUCCGCCCGCCUUUGCUAGGCUUCCCCUUCCCCUCCCCCCUCCGCUCGCCCCCGCCCCGCCUCUGCGGCUCGGCUGCCAGAACCUCCAGCAGGAUUCGCAGUCCGGUCCCCAAUCGAAGGGGCAGGAGGAGCAUGACGUCAUCGGCAUCGAGUGCCAUUGGCUGGGCGGCCCCUGUGGGCAGGACGCUGUCUCCUGUGGCCAGAAAGUUAACUCUUCCCUGGGCUGA